AUGGUAUCCUUCGAAGACUAUCGCGCUUCAAUGCUCAGGACGCUUAAAGGCCAGACUAUCAGAGUGCCAGACCUGGUUGCUCUGAUAUACCCCGACUGGCAAGUAGAACGACAUGAGUUUGAGCCCCAGAUUCGCCUGGAUCUUUGCGAUAGCUUUGUUGCACGGUGGUACCCAGAAAACGAUAGACGCCAAAAAUUGGUCAAGAGUGGAUUUGAGACGAUUGCCGGAUACUUCUGUACCGGUUGUCAAUCUGAGAGAUUUCUGACACUGGCGCAAUUCAUGUACUGGUUAUUCAUAUGGGAUGACGAAAUUGAUUGUGGUGAUCUCACCAAAGAUGAAGCCGGCACACAGAAUUACCACAGGGACACAAUUAUAUUUUUGAAAAGCUGCCUGGAGCCUGGUGGCCUCGACUGCUCUCAAGAAUGUGCUACACUAGGAAAACACAACUCGAAAUCCUUCAAAAAAAUUGGAGAUAGAAUGAAGGAUGGUCAAUCCAAACAAGCACUCAAUCGGUUUGCAGUUUCAGUUUACGAAUAUGUUGACUCGGUUUGCGAUGCCCAAAAAGUGCGCAUAACCUGUCUUCCUACAUGGGAAGAAUAUCUUGCCAACAGGCUACUAACCAUUGGGGCUCAUCCUUACCUCAUGGCUAUGGAAUAUGCCUAUGGGGUUGUUGUCCCAGAAUUGGUUUAUGAGAGAAAAGAGAUCAAAUUGAUGCUCAAGGAGACGUCAAUUUCAAUCAUAAUGUGGGCUCUAGGCACUCUAUUCAACUGGAACUCGAUAAAAGCUAAAUGGAAAUUUGCAAUUCCAUUGAAGAUGCAUCAUCGAGGCUACACAUACGCACAGGAUGCACUAGUGGAGGUAAUCGAAGAUUUGUCAAAAUCCAGACAGCGCUUCAAUAUAGCAGAGUAUCUGUUCCUUGAAAGCAAAGAGUACCAGAAUAUGAGCCACACAGGCCAAGAUGCUGUGAAGGUACUCAUUCAAGGAUGUAAGAAUAUGAUGCUAGGGAAUAUGAAAUGGUCGUUCUCGAAUACGCGAUAUACGCCCGAUGAGAGGUUGGAAGGCUGGGCUGUCACCUUCCACUUGUGA